GCAGGCCUGCAUCACUGCGACCCAGGUGGACGUGGCCUUGUCUGCCCUCCCGGGAGGGCUCCACAUGGGGCCUGUAGGGCCCCAGAUGCCCUACUGCUGGGCCUUGAGAACCCUGGGCGAGGAGUUCCAGACAGAGCAGGGAGGUGCCCGAGGUCUGGAAUGAGCUGGGGUCCACCAAACCGAGGAUGAGCCUCUCGUGAUGGGUUACUGGGACACACAGGAUGCUCCCAAGACACGGGAUGCCCACACUUGCCGUCACCUGUCUUUAAAUAGCGCCAGGGAUGCGGGGGCGCUUUUGUACCAAAGGAGGGAGAACUGCUGGCCCAGUGACUUUGGACCCCACCGGCCCUGCAAGUCUCCGAGCGGGGGAUACGGGUCCGCGCGGGGCAGGGAGGGCCUGGGCCUGGGCACCCGCGAAGACCGGACUGCCUGCUUCCGGCUCCCUGAGCGCCCCGGUGGCCGCGCCUGGCCCCGCCACACCCUGGGGCGUUGGCGGAGCUGCCACUGAGGUCCUCAUGCCCAGGUGACCAGAGCCCCGGGCUCACUGACGUCAUGGAAAACGUCCCGCCUCUCACGUAGCGGAGGGCGGAGCGGCUCCCGGGUCCGGCCGCGGUGCCGGGUGCGGGACGUGGAGGGCCCGGCACAGCCAUGCGGGUCCCCGGCCGGAGCCCCUGCACCUGGCGGCUGCUCUGGCAGAGGCGGCGGGCGCGGGGCGCGCUCUGAGGCCGGGGAUGUGCCGCCGCCUCAACAAUGGGCGCCGCCGCCUCCCGGAGGAGGGCGCUGAGAAGCGAAGCCAUGUCCUCCGUGGCAGCCAAAGUGCGAGCCGCCCGAGCUUUCGGCGAGUACCUGUCCCAGAGUCACCCUGAGAACCGGAACGGUGCAGACCACCUGCUGGCCGACGCCUACUCUGGCCACGACGGGUCCCCGGAGAUGCAGCCACCCCCCCAGAACAAGCGCCGCCUCUCCGCCGUCUCCGACGGCCGCUGCGACGGCAGCCUCUCCGAGGAGGCGGUCCUCGGGCGGCCGGCCGGGGAGGGCCCGCAGCCCCGCGUGUACACCAUCUCGGGGGAGCCGGCCCUGCUGCCCAGCCCCGAGGCGGAGGCCAUCGAGCUGGGCGUGGUGAAGGGGCGGCGCAGCCGGGAGCAGCACCCCCACCACCACCACCACCACCACCACGGCCAGCCCCUGCGUGCCAGCCCUGGUGGCAGCUGUGAGGACGUCAGCACGCCCUGCCAGAGCUGGGCAGGCAGCCGCCAGGGUUCCAAGGAGUGUCCAGGAUGCGCCCAGCUUGCCCCGGGCCCCUCCCCUCGGGCCUUUGCGCUGGACCAGUCCUCUCUGCCCCAGACCACCAGCCGCCGCAAGAAGCUGGAGAGGAUGUACAGCGUCGACCGUGUGUCUGAUGGCAGCCACACCCCUAUCCGAACCUGGUUCCCCAAGGAAAGCCUGUUCAGUUUCCAGACCGCGACCACAACCAUGCAAGCGGUGUUCAGGGGCUACGCGGAGAGGAAGCGUCGGAAACGGGAGAGCGACUCCGCGUCUGUGAUCCAGAGGAACUUCCGGAAACACCUGCGCAUGGUCGGCAGCCGGAGGGUGAAGGCCCAGACGUUCGCAGAGCGGCGCGAGCGGAGCUUCAGCCGGUCCUGGAGCGACCCCACCCCCAUGAAAGCCGACACUUCCCACGACUCCCGAGACAGUAGUGACCUGCAGAGUUCGCACUGCACCUUGGGUGAGGCCUUCGAGGACCUGGACUGGGAGACUGAGAAGGGCCUGGAGGCUGUGGCCUGUGACACCGAGGGCUUCCUGCCACCCAAGGUCAUGCUCAUCUCCUCCAAGGUGCCCAAGGCCGAGUACAUCCCCACCAUCAUCCGCAGGGACGACCCUUCCAUCAUCCCCAUUCUCUACGACCACGAGCACGCGACCUUCGAGGACAUCCUGGAGGAGAUAGAGAAGAAGCUGAACAUCUACCACAAGGGUGCCAAGAUCUGGAAGAUGCUCAUAUUCUGCCAGGGAGGCCCAGGACACCUGUACCUGCUCAAGAACAAGGUGGCCACCUUCGCCAAAGUGGAGAAGGAAGAAGACAUGAUCCACUUCUGGAAGCGGUUGAGCCGCUUGAUGAGCAAAGUGAACCCAGAGCCAAACGUCAUCCACAUCAUGGGCUGCUACAUUCUGGGGAACCCCAAUGGGGAGAAGCUGUUCCAGAAUCUCAGGACCCUCAUGACCCCUUACAGGGUCAUCUUUGAGUCCCCGCUGGAGCUGUCAGCCCAAGGGAAGCAGAUGAUCGAGACGUACUUCGACUUCCGGCUGUACCGCCUGUGGAAGAGCCGUCAGCACUCGAAGCUGCUGGACUUCGAGGACGUGCUGUGAGGGCAGGGCCGCCGCUCGGGUCCUGGGGCGCCCGCCGGUCCUGACUCAGGCACCUCAGGGCAGCCUCACCGCUCAGGUUCCCGGUCGAGUCCUCAGCCGGCGGGAGCAUCCCGCGGCCGCAGAACAAGUGCCAUUUCUUCCCGUCCCUUGUGAGCUCGUGUAGUGCGUGCGCGUCCUGGUCCCGCGCCGGCCCUGCCGAACCCAUCACCAGCACAGGGCCGCGCCCAGCCCCAGUCGGCUCGGCUCGCGUGCGCCCCUCCGCCGGCCCCCGCCGGCCCGUCCGAGCGGAGUGCGCCCUGGGCUGGUGUCCUCCUGGGGGUCCCACGGGAGCGCGCCCCCUGCCCCGCCCCGCAGCCGGAGGCGCCGGGGCCCAGCGUGCUCGCCCCGCCCACGCUGCUGCUGCCCAGCGGGCCCUCCCGGCAGAGGGAAGGGGCCGUGCGGGCCAGUCGGGGCUGCGCCCCGCGCGUGUGAGACCCCGCGGCCCCGCCGGGGGCCCGGACCCCGGACCCUGCCUCCCAGGCGGAGGGCGAGCUGCUGGUGGGUGGGGUGGCGCUCUUGUAUAUAUAGCUGGGGCUCGGGGGCAGGCCCCCCUUUGCAGAGCCUGGGCCUGAGGGCACCUGGCUGUGUCCCUGGCCGAGGAGGGCGGGGAUGUGCGGGCUCUAACCAUGUACGAUACCCCGUAGAGUGACCAUUAAACCUGACCCUCUGCUG